AGGGUUUGUAUACAUGAACCAGUAUGGCGCGACUUCGAUAACCAAUCAUUUUUGAUUUCAUCCUCCGUCGACCCUUAGCAUUGCACGAGAAAACCCUAGUUUUCUACGAUGGUGAACUGGAGGAUUAGGCAAGAAUGGGAGGAAUACGAUCUCCAAAGCUCAUACGCUGACAAUCCAUGUAUGUUCUCGAUACGAUUGAACUAUGGUGGAGUUUUUACGAAGUUUCCAGGCCGCAAAUACAUAAAGGGGAAGAUGAAAUAUAUUGAUGGCAUUGAUAGUGACUUGUUCUCGGUGCAUGAUAUGGACGAGAUAAUGGAAUUGCUUGAUUGUGUGGAACCAGUUGAGUCAACCCCUGCCUAUAUACCAAGAAUUGAAAGCCCUUUGACUGAACCAAUGAUAGGAAGCACAUGUCCUAAUGUUGAUGGUUGGGAUGAUACAUUUGAAUGGUGUGAACCUUUUGGUGGGACUCCUAUGGAACAAGAUGAACCAAAUAGUGAAAAAGCAGGUGAAGACAGUCAAGCUAGUAAAGACAGUCAUGAUAGUGAUGACACUGAAGAUAGUGAAUACAGUCAAGAUAGCGAUUACAUAGUUGAUGAAGAUAAUUUGUUAGAUGAUCCAGAGGUUGAUAUGAAGAACUUUCACCUCAACAUUGACAAAGAGGUGGAGUGGGUUGGAAGUUUUCCUGAUGAUCGAGAUGAAGCAGUAGAAGGUGAUGAAGAAUUAGAGGUUAUAAACACUGAAGAAUUUGUAUCUGCAUCUUCAUCAGAUGAGGGUGAAGCUAGUAAAAAAAGGAAGAAGAUAAGAGAUUUACGAAGAGCACAUAAGAAUGAAGCAGCUGCUGUCAAAGAUCCAUUUUACAUCCACCAGACUUUUAGCACAGCCAAGGAAGUUAAACAACAAAUUUAUCUUCAUUCCAUACAGAGUAGAAGGGAGUUAGACUUCGUCAAGAAUGACAAAAAUAGGAUUAGAGUGGUUUGCAAAGGGACAAUACCAAACCUUGGGAUAUUAGAAACAGGUGGGACCAGCAAAAGUAAUGACAAAGUGGGACCAAGUCAAAAGAAAAAGAAAGUGAAAGAUGGUUCUAUUCAUAAAUGCCCAUGGGUCCUACUAGUGAGUAAGUGGAAAAAAGACAUUAACUGGACUGUUAAGACCUAUGAAAAGCAACAUACGUGCCUUCAAACAAGGAAAAUUAGGGCAUGUAACUACAAGUUUCUCUCUGAACAGAUUGUUGACACAGUGGAGGCAAACCCAGAAAUACCACUUAGAGCAUUACGUGAGAUGCUUGAGAAGAAAUACCAACUUGGAUUGUCAGACAUGAAAGUUCAUAGGGCGAAAACGAAAGCCCUGGAAUCAAUUAGGGGAGAUUUUGCUGCUCAGUACUCAUGUCUAAGAGACUACUUACAGGAGGUGCAGAGUAGAAAUCCAAACACCACAGUCAAACUUCAAGUGCAAAGUGAACCAUGUUAUGCAUCUGAGACCAGGGUAUUUGAACGAGUAUACAUUUGUCUUGGUCCACUGAAAAGUGGAUUUGCAGCAGGGAAAAGAGAUUUACUAGGGCUUGAUGGUGCAUUCAUGAAGGGUCCAUACCAUGGUAUGAUCCUGACAGCAGUGGGUUUAGAUGGGAACAAUUGCACAUACCCUUUGGCAUAUGCAGUUGUUGAAGCAGAGAACUUUAAUUCAUGGACCUGACCAAAAAAAAAGAGAAGAAGAUCUGCAACAGAAGAUGAUGGAGUGUCCACAAAAUGGAAAUCUGUAACAUGCACAAAAUGUGGAAAUGUGGGCCAUAAUGGAAGGACCUGCAAGGGACAAUCACAGACUGGGAAUGGAACAGGAGAAGGUGCAGCAGGGAAUACAACAGGAGAAGGUGCAGCAGGUAGCAGUGGUGGUGUACAAAAUGGAGUUGGGAACAAAGGAAAAAGCCCCAUGCUUUGA